AUGAAAACUGAACAUCGUCGUGAUAUUGAUCCGGAUGUAAUGGUUAUAAUCGUCAAACCUCAAAUCCCGGCGGCAACUGGUGGCGGAGCAACAGAGACAGAGGCAGCAUUGGAGGCGGCGCCACCGGUGAAUAAAGAGAGGAAUCCGGAAACCCCAUCCCAAAACAAUUGCUACGCCAAUCAUAAAAGACGAAACGAGAACAGACCCCACACUGGUGAGGAAAAUCACGACAACGGUAGAGAAGAUCAAGAACAGAAGGGUCUCGAAAUCGGAGAAUUGGCGGCCGAAGAUGGUGACGGGAGGGUCGGAGGACUGGCGGAAGAUGUAAAGGAAGAGCCAGGCAGCGAGGAGCGCCAGGAGGAGGAUGAGGGAGAAGGGGUUGGUGAGAAGGGAAAUAGCGAGCACGGCAGUGAUUACGGUGAGGUAAUUGAUGCGAAAAUAGUUGUAGUUCUUGCGGAAGCGAAGAGUGGCGUCGGAGAGAGAUUCCGGUUUGGAGAAUGCGGACCGGUCAAGAAGCUCCGGCUUUGGAAUAAAAUGCACCGAAUGCUGAAACAGAGGAGGAUUGCUGGGUGUCAGUGGUUGUGA